AAACCCAAAAUAAAAUAGAACUAGCCGUUACGGUGCUUCCUCUUCAAGUUUCUUUCCAUCCAAAUCCCUAAUUUAUUAUCCUCUUCUCCCACUUUUCCUAAUCAGUUCAUACUACGCGCUCUCUCUUCUACUCUUCUAAUUCCAACACCCUAAAAAUCGUUCCCAUUUUACUUGAUCACAUCAUUCCUUAAAUCGGAACUUGUCAACAUUUUACGAAUCGCAAAUCACACUCUGAUUUCUGAAAUCCCACAGUGAUAUAAGAACAUGGCCUCAAGAACAGGUUCCAAAGACAUAAUCACUCUUCGUGGUUCUGCAGCAAUCGUUAGCGAGUUUUUCGGAUAUGCUGCCAACAGCAUACUUUACAACCGUGGAGUUUAUCCAGAAGAAAGCUUUGUGAAGGUGAAGAAAUAUGGACUUCCUAUGUUGCUUACUGAAGAUGAGGGUGUUAAAUCUUUUAUAGCCAAUUUAACUGCUCAGCUCUCUGAAUGGCUCGAAGCUGGCAAGUUGCAGAGGAUUGUCCUUGUUAUAAUGAGCAAGUCUACUGGUGAGGUUCUUGAAAGGUGGAACUUCAGCAUUGAGACUGAUAGUGAAGUUGUUGAGAAAAGUGUGUCGAGGGAGAAGAGUGACAAGGAAAUCAUGAGAGAGAUACAGGCCAUUAUGAGGCAGGUUGCUUCGAGUAUCACCUAUUUGCCAUGCCUGGAUGAACCUUGUGUUUUUGAUGUAUUAGCAUAUACCGACACAGACGUGGCAGUUCCAUUCACUUGGAUUGAGAGUGAUCCAAAGCUGAUUGCGAAUCCGCAAAUGGUGAAAUUGCAUUCCUUCGAUACUAAGAUUCACAAGGUGGACACACUUGUAUCAUACAAGAAUGACGAAUGGGAUGAGCAGUAGAGCUGAGCCAUCUGUGUCAUUUCUUGUUGUGCUGUUCUGCUUUUGUUCCCUUCAAGUGAAUCAAUUUUCUGCCGUUAGAUGUGUCAGUUGUGAAUUUUCUAUUCACACAUUGUAAGAUAUAUGUGUACUUAUGUGGAUGUCAACGUGUAUUAAACCUUAUUUGUUGUGUGUUUGCCUUCUGGCAGAAAGAAUUGUCAUAUCAACAUGCCUUCUGGCUUUUGUA